UCGGUCUCGCUCCCAAGCGCCCACCACAAUCCAAGACCCCAACCGACCCCACGCACCUGGGACUGAACCUGGCAUCGACCCCCGGUCCCGCAGCGAACCACCGCGAGACACGAGAAAUGGCCGGGGAGGCGGAGUUGGUCGGGGGGAGCGGCGGCCGGUUCAGCCAAGGCUGCAGACCCAGGUCUCCAUGGACCGGGACCUCCGGGGCGAGUCCAGGGUGCGAAGGGAGAGCCGGCGGCUGACCAAGGGACGCUCUCUGGAGCACGAUCCUGUGGGAGAAGGUGGCGGUUUAAGACGGACAGAAGAAGGGGGCUACCACCACAUGGACCACAGCGGUGUCCCCCUUCGCCAAGCAGGGCCGGUCCUUCCUGGAGGCCGGGGCCACCCUGUGCCCAUGCAGGGCCGUGGCAUGGGCGUAGCAGGGGAGGUGGGGGAUGGUGUACGGCCUGGUCAGAGGACAGCGGGUGGGGUUGGAGGGCCACAUGAACACAUCCUUGCUAAGCAGCCCCCUCCCCCCGAACUCAGAGAGCCUCCUGGUUUAGGACCUGGCUCGAUCCCAGGCCAGGGGCCCGUAGGGAGACGGACCAAACGGGAGAAGGCCGAGAGCAUGCUGCGAAAUGAUUCGCUAAGUUCUGACCAAUCGGAAUCACUGCGUCCGCCUCCACCAAGACCUUACAAGUCAAAACGAGGGCUUGGGGCGGGGGGGAAGAGGCAGACCAGUGUCAGCAGUUCAGAGGAGGAGGGGGGCACCACGCCGGAGUACAGCAGCUGUGAGGACGCUGAGAUUGAAAGUGUCAGUGAGAGAGGCGACUGGGAGUGCUACCCACAUGACCCCACUGUAUGGCAUCAUCCUGUAACCUGGCAGCCGUCUAAGGAAGGAGACCAUCUGAUUGGACGAAUCACCCUCAGCAAAAGGAGCGCCACCAUGCCUAAAGAAGCCGGAGCUCUGCUGGGGUUAAAGGUGGUGGGAGGCAGAAUAACAGAGUCAGGGAGAUUAGGUGCCUUCAUCACUAAAGUCAAAAAGGGAAGCCUGGCUGAUGUGGUGGGACAUCUCAGAGCAGGGGAUGAAGUUUUGCAGUGGAACGGGAAGCUGUUACCGGGGGCGACCAUGAAGGAAGUUUACAAUAUCAUCCUGGAGUCUCAAGCAGAGCCUCAAGUUGAGCUAGUGGUAUCCAGGCCUAUUGGGGUUUAUAGAAAAUAUCAUGAUAUCCCAAGAAUCCCCGACACGUCCCACCCUCCAUUAGAAUCUACAGGUUCCAGUUCUUUUGAGUCCCAGAAGAUGGAAAGACCAUCUUUAAAUGUCCUGUCUCCCUCCAGCCCUGGGAUGCUCCAAGAUGCUCCACAGUUAUUGCCAGGGCAGCUCUCAGUGAAACUUUGGUACGACAAAGGCGGUCAUCAGCUAAUAGUCAACGUGAUGCAGGCUGCAGAGCUUCCUCUUCGGCCUGACGGGCGACCCAGGAGCCCCUACGUCAAAAUGUACUUUCUUCCUGAUCGCAGUGACAAGAGCAAACGAAGGACGAAAACUAUGAAGAGGACCUGUGAGCCCAAGUGGAACCAGAUGUUUGUCUACUCUCAUGUCCAUCGCAGGGACUUCAGGAACCACAUGCUCGAGCUGACAAUAUGGGACCAACCCAGGUCACAGGACGAGGACAGCACCUUCAUGGGAGAGGUCCUGAUAGAGCUAGAGACGGCCUUACUGGAUGAAAAGCCUCACUGGUAUCCACUCCAAACCCAUGAUGUCUCAUCCAUUCCACUGCCCCAACCCUCCCCGUACCUGCCCCGACGACACACAGACGUCCCUGGAAAGAAACUGCAGCGUUCUCAGCGUGUAACAGAGCCUGAAUUUGAUGAAGGUACAGCAGUAAUGUCUAAAGCUGAGGGGCGUGGCAGGGAGAGGCAGCGGGAGUCAGCGUCUACCCUGGAGGUGCCGGACCAGCAGAGGAUGCCCCCCCAUCACAUACGAUCCCGCUCAGUGUCCCCACACCGCGAGGAGCAGGGACGCAUCAGAUCACGCCCCCCCAACGUUCCCGCCCAGAGGAGUCUGGAUGAUGAACUUCCUUACACUCGUCGUUCUCGCUCUCCGACACGCCACCACGACGCUGCCAGAGGUCGCCACCAGCAGGAGGAGUACCUGGAUGACAGUGAGGUCAUCAUGAUCCACCAGUCAAUGCGAGGCAAAAGUGCUGAGUGCCUCCACACCAGUGAUCUGCAGCCUUCUUUGGACAGGGUUAGGAGCGCUAGCGCCAACUGUCUGACUCCAGACUAUCAUGCCCCCUCACCAGAGACUGAAAGAAAAUCUUUCUCCCAUUCCCUGCCCCGGAGACGUCCAGCAAGUCCCAGGAUUCUUAUCCAACAUGCUUCCCCUGAAGAUGACAGAAUAUGGAUGCUACUUCCAACUCAAGAGACUUUAAUUCACCUCAGUACAAAGAAGAGGCAGCCUCGGACCCUGGAGACACCUGAGUGUAACACUCUUGGCAGGAAUCUUCCUACCAGUGGCAGGGGGCAUCUCCAAGGUGGUGCGUCUCUCUCCUCCUCAGUGACGUCCUCCUCAGCCCGCAGAGUACGGCAGCUCCCACAGCUCCCCCCUAAGAGCAGCAGCGUAGAACAAGCCCUGGUAGCAGAGGAGUGUGUUCGCCAGCUCCAGAUGAGGGUUCAUUCCAACCGGGUGUCAGCUGCCUCCACCUCCAGCCAACAGGACUUGGACCGAUCCCUCAAGAACAAACGGGAGCUUUACAAGGAUCAGCGGAGGAGCAGUGAGAACGUUUCCCAUAAAUCCUCAGACAGUGAUGUCAGCGACGUGUCAGCCAUUUCUCGAACCAGCAGUGCCUCUCGCAUCAGUAGCACCAGCUACAUGUCCAUCCAGUCAGAGAGACCGCGGGGACGCUUCAGGGCCAUGCGGGCAACGGGUCGCCACAUGAUGAAGAGCACCAGCGUGAGCGGAGAGAUCUAUGGCAUGGAUCACGCCGACGGCAGCCAAUCAGACACGGCGCUCGGGAGCCUGGGGAGCGGGAUCAGGAAGCGGCGCUCGAGCCUCAGCCAACGUGUUGUCGCCAUCCUGCCAUCGAGACGCAGCCGCAGCACCUCGCAACUCAGCCAGACAGAGGCGGCGGGUAAGGCAGCGGAAAGACAGAAAGCUUCAGCAGGUAAAAAGGUGGGUAAGGGCGCCAGCAGCAUCCAGAGGAGUGUGGAGACAGGCAUGGCGGUGGAGUUUCCACGAGGGGGGUCGACUAUGAACCGGCAGGCCAGCAGAGAGUCCACUGACGGCAGCAUGAACAGCUACAGCUCCGAGGGGAAUCUGAUAUUCUCAGGUAUGCGGUUGGGGGCCGACAGUCAGUUCAGUGACUUCCUGGACGGUUUAGGCCCCGGUCAGCUGGUCGGCCGGCAAACACUGGCCACGCCUGCCAUGGGUGAUGUUCAGAUCGGUUUGAUGGAUAAGAAAGGUCAGCUGGAAGUCGAGGUGAUCAGGGCACGAGGCCUUACCCCCAAACCAGGCUCCAAAUCCCUCCCAGCUCCCUAUGUCAAGGUUUACCUGCUGGAUAAUGGAACUUGUAAAGCCAAAAAGAAAACUAAGAUUGCACGAAAGACCCUGGAGCCGCUCUACCAGCAGCACUUGCUCUUUGAGGAGAGUCCCCAGGGCAGGGUGCUUCAGGUGAUAGUAUGGGGAGACUAUGGACGAUUGGACCACAAAUGUUUUAUGGGUGUAGCACAGAUCCUGUUGAAGGAGCUGGACCUCUCCAGCACGGUGAUCAGCUGGUACAAACUGUUUCCGCCGUCCUCAUUGGUGGACCCUACAUUAGCUCCGCUCAACCGGCUGGCAUCUCAGACGUCAUUGGACAGCUCAGGACCACCACCGGGCGUUCGGUCCUAGUGACUGAGUGGUGACCCCCUUAACACCCCCAAAUAUCCCUUAAAUGACAAAAAUAAUGGACCAGAGCUAACUGGACCAGAACUGAGCAGAGGGGCAAGAACAUGCCCCGCCGAUCCCCUCGGUCCUCCAAUGAAAGGCCAGACGGAGCAACAGGGAAUGAGAGCGAGAAAGAGUGAGAGGGAGAGACCGAACUAGCCAAUCAAAGCUUAGCUGGAGUCUGACAAUCACGUCUCACACCUUCCCUCUUCCUCCUCCGUUUUUGUUUUCAAAGCUUUCUUCGUUUUCGUCCUCUGAGCUGCAGCAGUGGAAGUUUUUGUUCAACAUUCACUUUUCUUUUCCUCCUUACUUUCUUGUGCAGAGCAGACAAAUUGUCAACCUAAUAGCCCCCAUAGCCAAUCAGAGUAGAGAUUGCAGCUAGGCCCCAGGAAUGAGGGAUGUAAACAAUGUUUCGGUGUUAAUGAGUAGCAAAUGUUGGCGGUUUCAUUCGGCUGUUCCGUCCGGCUGUCUCCGACGGUGUUUUCGUGGUGGAGCAUGGUUUGGUAACCUGUUUAGAUCAAGGGAGCCUGCACAUAUAGAACAGAUAUGAAAGCAAGCACAAGACAAGCUUGACUUCUUUAUUCGGACAGAAUAAAAUGGUUUCGCUUUUCGUCUGAACGGUAAAUAAAAUAGAGGCCAAAUUCGUAUUCUUUAAUUUUUCAGUCUGUGUUUCAGAACGGUACCAUGAGGUGCAGACUCCCUGUGUGUGUGUGUGUGUGUGUGUGUGUGUGUGUGUGUGUGUGUGUGUGUGUGUUUGGUUUUGCGAGCGAUGGUGCGACAGUAAACGUCAGGUCACAUUCGCUCCAACAACCUUUUUUGCCCGUCCUUUACCUCCGACCCCCACCCUCGGGCGUCCUCCCUUUUCCUUACCUCUCAACCCCCCCCCCCCCCCCCCCCCCCUAGGAGGGAGCAGCAUGACUCGGGGACGCCCCGCCCCGGCCCCAAGCUGCAUGCAUGUUUCUUAUUUUCGUUCCCCGUUUGUUUCGUUCUAUUCGUUUUGUUUCUCUACUUUUUUGUAAAAUAGGAGACGAGACAAAUUAAUGAGACGAUGCUCCAAAAAACAAAAAGAGAAAAAAAGAAGACUAGACUAUGUGUGUUAGUUCCACAUACUUUUAGGCCAGCUUGUAUGUUGCAUGUUCUUGUACAGUUUGCUCGUACUGAAUAUGAAUACAAACCAAGAAAAAGCCAAGCCAUCCCCGCCCCUUUAACAGGAGCGGACCAAUAGUAAGGGGGGGAUCAAACUCCGCCCUGGCCAUGCCUUCCACUCUGGGUCUUUAAAUAUCCACGUGAGGAAGUGUUCGGAAAAAAAACAAAUAUCUCUUUGUUUCGGUUUUUCUUUGGACCCUUUUGAACAACAGUGCUGUUCUGUAGUACUGAGCAUACUCAAGCCCCCGGCGUAUCUGAGGGUGUAGGUGUUCAAACUGUAGUUUAACACAGUCGGGGCUAGAGACAGAGAUAGAGAAUGUGUGUAUAACAGCUAAAUGUAUAUGAAGUACAAUUAUGACAGAAAUUAUAAUUAUAGAUAUAUGAAUAUAAAAAGAGUGUAUACCCGUCACAUGCACACCUUGUACAUAACAAACCAGGAUGAGCGGCUUUAACUUGAGUUACGAAUAAAAAAACAUGGCUGACACACAAACAUUCCUGGUCUUGUUGGAAGGGAAUUUGCGUCCUGUGGAUGUGCUCGAGCUGCUGAGCGGCACUGAGCCACAAAGAGGCGCUAAUAGGCCUUUAUUUUUGUCCCAGUUGCAGAAAAAAAAGCAGAGCCAAUUGGAACAAUUUCUUCUCCUCAAAGUCCCCUUCCCCCCCUGUUUAUCAUUCUUGGUUUGGACUGGACUUCUAAAGCCAUUGAAAAUCUGAUUUUGCAGACAUAUUUUGCGGAUGUUGCUGUUGAAACCCUUGGUGGUGUGGCCGACUGCCCUUUCCUUUGUCAGUAUUACUCCAGGAAUACUGAUUGUUUACAGCCCAUGGCUCCCCCCCCCCCUCUCUCCCAAAACCACGAUUUUAGACGAAAGACUAAGUAUUCACUGCAACAGUUCUUGUUUGUAUAACAGAUGUGGC